CAUCACACACAACCGAGUGGCAGGAGUCGUUGAUGUGAUUGAUUUGAAUUAUAAAAGCACAUUUUAAUCCCUUAUCUUGACAAUUGUAAAAACAAUGAAAAUAUGAAAGAUUGUUAAUAUUCUGCAGUGUAUUUGAGGUAUCAUUAAAUAUGGUGUCAUAUCCAUCAAUGAAUUUGGUAGAUUUAAUCAUUGAUGAGGUUGCAUUGGAAGGUUUGGAUGGUAUCACUAUAGAAGCACUAUGGUCACGUUUAGCACAACGACUUCACAAUCCCUUGCCAUUUUCAAAACCAUUCAUGGUUCAAAUAUGGUCGAUAUGUGUGCAAAUCAGAGAAUUUGGAUUUCAUGAGCUAGAAACUCCAAGAGAACCACUCGUAAUUUAUGAUCGUUACGAAUUUGUAGAUCCUGAUUUAGGUGUAAUAUUAGAACCAGAUGAUGUACCACCAGACAUUUACCCACAUUAUCCUAUAUACGAUACUACCAAGGGAAUCAAAGGAUCUUGUUCAACAUAUUAUACUCGUCAAGAGAUUACAGAAACUGCAAGGAACCUUAGUUUAGACGAGGUUACAGAAAAAUAUGGACAAAAACUAGUUAUCGUUGCAUCACAAUCAGCACGAAACCAUGCAUUAACCAGAAACGAAGUACUACCAACACUUGAAUUAAAUGCGAUACAAUAUUGUUUUUUAGAAAGAGUAGGUAGAUCACGUUAUCAUGGUGAAGUUACUCAAGGAAAACUUAGUCUUAAUGCGUUAAAAGAAGAUCCUAAGAGUUUGUUUUAUCAUCGAAAGUUAUUGCUACGGCAUAGGUUAAUAACGAAACAAGUGCAUCAUCAAAAAAGUGGUUGUCAUAGUUGCACCGGAAGCCUGUUACAUCUUCCAAGGUUCUUUGUCGAGAGGAAACCAAAAGUAAUUUUCUUAGCCGAAGAGAUUAUCAAAAUACUUAAAUCGAAACCUAAUUACAUUGCAGAAUAUGAUGAAAUAAAACGCAAGUUGCAGCUUGAGAAUGCAAUAAGGAAAUUAUUUAAAACUUCGUUCUUCCAAAAAGUUGUGAAAACAGAUAUAAUGGUGCCAUAUAGAACUUUGUACCCGAAUGCUAAACCUAUAGAAUGGCAACGAAAGUAUACUCCGGCAAAGGAAAAGAAAAUUAAAGUAGUGCAAUUGUUACAUCCCACUAUCGAUGUUAUGGAAGCAUGGACUAAAGAUGAUAUACAGGAAGAGGAUGAAUCACAUGAGUUAAAUAUUUCAAGUCAUAAAUACAAUGUGCCCUAUUUAAAGCAAGCGAAUAGAAUAAUUGAAGAAAGUGGAAGCGAAGGUUUAUGCCAAGGAAGUUUGGGUAAAAAUAUGGGGCUGACCAAACUACAUUCCAGGACAAUUUUGCGAAACCUAGUUAAAAGGGACAUUGUUGCUACUUACAUGAACGAUAUAGGCAGACAAAGGCUUACAAAAUAUGUAUCAAAAAAAUUUGAGAAAGGUAGUAAAUUAAGUAAACAGUUAAAGAAGGAAAUGUAUAAAAUCAAAGAGCUUACGAAGCAUAUUGUAACUGAAAGUGAUAAACCUGAGAAAAGUAUAACUGCGAUAGAGGAAAAGGAGAAUACUGUUAUUAGUAAUCAGAAAAGAAAUGUAGAAGAAGUAACUAAAAUCGAUACAACUAGCAAAGACAAUGAAAACAAUGAUGCCAAUGUAAAAGAGAAACCAAGUUCAUCCAUGACAGACAUAGAAAAAACAUUUUAUGUUGUCAAUCGGAUAUUAUAUAAAUAUCGUUUAACAAAACGUCGAAAUAAAUAUAAACGAACGUUUUCGAAUAUUCAAUCAAGUAAAAUUAAUAAAGCACUGGUGAAAGAUGAAAGUAUAAAUUCUAGUAAUGUAUUGUCAGAGUUGUCGAGGAAGGAAAAAUCAGCAGUUGCGUAUAAAAACAUAAAAGUCGAGUACAAAGUUUUAACGCCAGUAAAUACAUUAAAAUCAGAUAAUAAAAUAUUUGGAUUAAUGGAAGACGUACAAAACAGCGAAAAGAACAAUAUGUCGAAUAUUACAUACAGACUGUUACGAAGAGCUAAUAUGAUUAUAGAAUCGGUUAAAGAACAUCAAGUUAUUGAUGACAUGACAAAAUUGAUGAAGAUGAUAUGCGAAGAAGAAGACAAGGAAGGAUAUGACGUAAAAAUAGAUAGAAAGUCAUUGAUAAGGUUGUUAGGAAAACUUGACAAUGUUGUGAAAAGUAUUAGAAUAACACUCAGUUUAAAUGGAAAAGAGAAACGUAUGACGUUUAUAUGUAACCCAAAUUUGGAUAUCAGCAGUCCUGUUAUUCAGUCCGCUGUAGAGCAAGCGAAAUUAAAAUUUUAUUUCGUACUAUCAUCUCAGAGGACCAAAUCAUUUGCGAAAAGAUGUUCAGGGAAGUCAGAGUCUAGUAAAAAUAGUAAUACUGAUGAUACUGCAAAUAAAUCCGAAGAUAAGUCUUCAUCUGGAUUUAAAAUGUUAUCGAAAGUUUCUAAAUGUGGACCCAGAGGUUCGAAAAAGUAUGGAUACAGUCCAAAAUUCAUACGCAUGAAAGCGUUACAUAUUCUUUUGUUCUAUUUAAUUUAUGAACAUCCCGGUGAACAAACCCUUUCAAAGAAAGAACAAAUAAAAGCUUUGCUGGAUAAUGGUUUCAAUGUUCCUAAUGAAUUGAUAAGCGAAUUCAGUACAAUUUACUCUUCGGAGAUAAGUUGGAAAAUGUUUAUUCCACCUUUGCCGAAGAAUUCCAGUUGGCCCCAAGGAUGGGCAUUAAUGUGUGACAUUCUAUUACGAUUGCCAUUGUCUAUAUUCUUAAAAAUCCAUUUCCUUUCCUUUGGUAUACCGGACUUGGAUAAAUAUGCGAACCAUCCCAUUCGGAAGCAUUAUUUAGUCAGAGAUUUACCACUUGACACACGAAACGCUUUACUACAUGCACGAAAGUAUAUAUUCAACGUACAUGAAACAGUGACAAGAUUGUGUUACAUCGGGUUGGUACAAUUCGGGCCCCAAAGACUGAAGGAGAAAGACCAAGUGUUCAUUUAUGUGAAUCGACGUACAGAAAUAAUGGAUACAACUUCAUCCGCGCCUAGUUAUCACAUGAUUGAGGAUAAACCCUAUCCUGUAAUCAAAUAUAACUUUGAUGGAAUGCAUGUGGUAGAGAAAUAUUGGUACGAUUUGUGGAAUACGUGUAUAAAUACAUCAUUAGGUGGUCGACUUGUUGUUCAAGGGAAAGAUAUAGUAUUGGAAGACGUGACUAAGAAAAGUGACAUGAUUCGAGCAGUGGUGGCUCGUACGCCAGAAGAAGCUGUGAGAUUGGACACUGGUCAUGUGCCUGGUGAUCGCAAAGGUGCUGCUGGAAUAGAUUCAGCAUUCUUCGCUCAUCUCAAACGCAAUUGGAAUUGGGGCAUUAGCAGCAGUACGCAUCAAACAAAGUCUCAGCAGACCGUACAACACGAAAGGGAUGUGUAUCUUUCCAAAAUAAAAGCAAAACCUAUCAAGUUCACAGAGUUUCCUGGUUUGAAGAGGGUAUCUGGCCCUCCUUCUGUGACUGCGGCAGAUCUUAGAAAGAAGGUACAGGUUAAACCUGACGAAGGCUUGAACCAAUUGAAAAAGUACGAAGCAUUACCUCAUUAUCGAAACCUGAAACAGAAGUCUAUCGUCAGAAGAGUAUUGCCACGUAAGACUAGUUAUAGAAGAAGAACAAAAUACGACGAAAUUGAUCAUCGAGCUUUGCAACGAAUGCACAAAUUGCGAGUAGAUUGGGACCCAUGCGAAGAUAAGAUUCUACUCGUUUGCAAGAUCGCUAUGGUGUACCUUUGCCCAAGUUUACGCAAACAAGUAAUAACAUUUUCCAUGGUGAGAGACGUGUUAAGAAUGUAUUCCCUCGUUUCGUAUAAUAAAACCUCUAGAGCUUGUCAACGACGACUUUUAUACAUGCUCAGACAACAACAGAACGACAAUGCCAUCGCUUUAGGAGUCGCAGAAAUGAAACAGAACUUUUACAUCAGGAAACGCUUCGAUGGGAUCAUCGAAAGGCUUAAAGAAGAAUACAAGAAUACUUAUGAGUUUGAGAAACAAGUUACGGAGACCUUCAAGUCACUUGUUGCUUACAUUGGGAAAAAGUAUUAUGAUAUUUCUGAUGUCGAAGCAAAGGAACCUCUUCCGGUGCCUAAGUCGGUGCAAGAAUUUAAUAUAUUUUAUAAGGUAGUGCAUCCCCCGAAGCAAUUUGGUAAUCAUGGAUUCACAAAAGAUGUUCGAAACGUUAAUGAUAUACAUUCUGCAGUUAUAAACUCUGUUAUUCAUAGCUCCAUGUGUUGUGGAAAAGACAGAAGGUCCUGGGCGUACCAGUUGUUCAAAGUGUAUCAACAAUAUCCGGAGACACUCCUACGAAAUGCCAUGACAAAGAUUCGAGCUGAUCAAAUGGUUACUGUGAAAAAGUCUUCGUUGCCUACGAUAAGAAAGUAUGGAAAUUAUAUGCCAAUGAGUAGUUCUCAAUAUCAGUUGAGCAGUAAUUAUAUAUAUAAAUUUCACACUACAUGGCCUUAUGAAUUGUUUACAGAAUCGUAUGAUGUUUAUUUAAAACUUGCUAAUUGGUACAGUCAAAAACAAUUAGAUAACCAGAAUGAUGCAUCGAACACUUCCAACGGUGUUGAAAUAUUGCCAGUUACAGGUGGUUUGAUUGUUACGAUACAUGAUUUUGUAGUACAGGAUCAAAUGGAUUUCGAUAUCGAAAUACCUGACCAAGUGAUAAUGCUGGAUCCAAGACUGAAAGAAAAAGAUGAAACUUAUUUCAGAAUCGCUCAAAGGUAUCAAGUUGUUUUAGCUAGUUUGGACAAUUUGAAAUUUUCAAAAGAGCCUCCUGUUUCUGAACUACAAAAAAGCGAACAAGAGAAAUGUUUUAAUUCUGACGUCGACGUUUGCAACAAUACGAAUGUUCUUAAUGUGGAUGAGAAAUUGGAUAAAGAUUGCUUUUCGAAUCUGGAUAUUGAGAAGAAUUUAUCUUCGCAUGAAUACGAUACUGAAGACAAGAAUUUCGAGGAUGCGAAAAGUUGUGUCGACUAUGACGAUGUACUAACCUUCGAUAGCGACGAAGAGAGUGGUCGCACUGUAGCAGACGACGAAGACAAUGUAAUCAGGUUUCAAGAUGGAACUAAAAUCGUAUUAAACAAAAAUGAUCUGGAACGUUCACAAUCCUACGACGAAAAUUCGCAGGAAGAAGGUAAAACUUCUUUAGUGGAUGAUAAUAAUCUUGAAGAGGCCAGUCAAGCACAAAUACAGAACGCUACAACUGCUGAGGAUAAACUUUUAAAAUCUGUGGACGUAACACAAAUUCAAAAUAAUGGUGAUGGUUCGUUGAAUAUGAAAAGCUCAGUUCUAGUUCAACCGUGUUUAGAAUUAAAUAUGGAUGCACAACAGAAAUUGAUUACCACUGGAAGUAAGAGAGGAAGAGAUGUGGAUAAUGAAGUGUUUUAUUCAGGUGAACCUGUACAGAAGAAAGCGAAACCAGAUAACGCAGUGGUUGAAUCGAAUGAACAUGAGCUGGAGAAAGCGAAACCAGAUAAUGAAAUGGUUGAAUUGAAUGAACAUGAGCUGGAAAAAGCGAAACCAGAUAAUGAAGUAGUUGAAUCGAAUGAACAUGAGCUGGAAAAAGCGAAACCAGAUAAUGAAGUGUCUAAUUUGGAUGUAAGUGAGCAGGAAAAAGCAAAACCAGAUAACGCAGUGGUUGAGUUGAAUAAACAUGACCUGGAAAAAGUAAAAACAGAUAAGGAAGUAAUUAAUUUGAAUAAAAAAGCAAAAUUAGAUAAUGAAGUGUUUGAAUUGGGUGAACCCGUGCAGAAAAAAGCAAAAUUGGAUAACGAAGAGUUUGAAUUGGAUGUACGUAAGCAGGAAAAAGUGAAACCAGAUAACGAAGUGGUUGAAUCGAAUGAACAUGACCAGGAAAAAGUGAAACCAGAUAAUGAAGUGUGUAAUUUAGAUGAACACGGCCAGGAAAAAACAGAAAUUGAUAAUGAAAUUGUGGAUGUCGAAAAGAAUUAUAAAACAGUACCAAGCAACCAUGCUACGUCAACUGAAUCAGUGGAUGAAAUACAAAAGGAAGAUUUAAGAAAGAAUUCUGCGAAGAAAACUGAAUCAUUGGAUGAAAUACAAAAGCAAGAGUUAAGAAAGAAUUCUGCGAAGGAAACUGAAGAAGAAGAAGAAACUGGUACAAAAGAAGGUGCCGAUGAUACAAAAAUCAGCAACAAAGCUAUUUUAAAUAAAGAAAGUGAAAGCAAUUUACUGUCGAAAAAAGAUAAUAAUCAAAAGUUUACACGUGUCAGUGAUAUUUUAAAGAAUAAAUCCUUCGAACCAAAUUAUUUGUAUCAGUAUUGCAAGGUUGAUGACUCAACAGACGAAAAAAAACGUUUUACUCGAAUAGCUCUGUUAAGAAUGAGAGAGGAAUUGAGUGAACUUACAACAGCUGACAGCCAUCAUGCACACGAUUAUUUCGUUGUAAAUAUGUUCAAAAUUUUGUAUUCCUUGCAUGAGUCAGAUUCACAAAAUUCCAGUGGAAAUGAAAUUUUCAGACAUUUUUUGUUACCUUCGGAAUUGAUACCUUUAAGAUUGUGCGUGGCAAAUAAUGUAAUUCAAGAGAUAAAUAAAUUUGCCGCUUUUCCGAAAGACAGCAUCUCGUAUACCGAUUUUAAGAAAAGUUUACUCAAAGACUCUUCGUUGGAUUUGAAUAAUAUGGAUGCAGUGUAUAAAUUUAUACGGGAUAAAAAAGAACUUGGUGCCAGUAUUCAGGAGUUGAUGAAUGAAUUUGAGAGUACCAUGGGCGAAGAUUUGCAGUACAUCGUAUCACUCUUUAUUGAACACCGUUUGUUCUUGCGGGCUGGUGUAACAACUGUUCGUUAUAUACACCAUCGUCAUGCUGAUGCUUGGUUAAUAGAUUCAUAUAAAAUUUGUCGUCUCAAGAAGGAAUCACUUACACCGAUGCCCAGGGGAACAGUGUAUGUGACAGAACCUGAAGUAAUAAUAACUGAAGGCAAUGACUUAAACUUUUCCAAAGAAUCUAACGAUGCCAGUGUUAUAUCAAACAACGAAGAGAAGAAUCCUUCGUCACCAAGGAUUGAUGAUGAAGAACCAAUUAUAUCGGACACACAGUCAGAAGUAAAAACUCACAAAAUUGAAGAUUGUGAUAAGGAUUCAUCUAGUCACAGCGAUGAAGAGUGCAUUACGCUCACAAAAAAGAGAAUGCAACGAAAGAGGACUCGUUUACUACCCCAGAGAGAUAUAUCUAGGGCUGCGAAGCAAUUAGAUCUUGCUACGAAACAAGAAAUAAGGGUUGUAAUAAAACCGUGGAUACGAAUAGAUGGAGCCUUAAAUCGUAGAGUACUUGAUCGCAUGUUAGGAGCAAUAUUAACAUACUGUAUGAACCAUCCAGGUAUAGCAUUAACUAAAGUACAGAAUAGAUUUGUUCCUGCUCUUCAGCCGUAUCAUACAAGAGAAUUGGUUGAGAUGCUGGAAAAGUUAAAAUGCCUGAAGAAGAUAAUAAUAAAGAAACCACGUGUAACUUUAUUUUCAAAACCAUCACCAGUUGAUCCAAAGAUAACAAAUACCAAUUGGGUUGUCGAAGAAGAUAUUUACCUCGAACCUGCAAAUGGAGCAAUGUUAAAAUUUGGAAUAUUUUUGAGCACUAAGCUGUAUAAAUCAGAUUACAUUACCUAAUUGUCAUACACGAGACAAUCGAAUUGUAAAUAGUUCAAGUUUAUUUUGUCGACAUAAAUAUUUCAUAACAAUGUUCUUAAAAAAUAGAAAACUUUUAUUUAAAAAAAGUAACAAAUAACAAGUUUUCAGCACUGGAACAAUAUAAACAUACCUUAAAAAACACCCAAAUAUUUAUACAAUAUUAACAAUUUUCGUAAAUUCUUGUAA